GGUAUGCGGGCCCGGCCUCGCCUUCCUGGGCUUUGCCGGCCAAUCGUGGGGAAAAAAAAAAAAAAAAAGCAAGCGAGGAAUUUUGACCAGUUGAGAGCCAGCUCGAGCGGGGCAAGCAGGAAGGGAAGGAAAAGGGUUGCUGCCGGAAUCCAGAGGUGUUGCUGUACAACAUGAGGCUGAAUGAAAGGCUGAUCAGGCCCUUCCAAGCUCCUGCCACAGUCCGAAACUUCUCAGGUAGUCAAGUGUUUUUGUUCCGAAGCGGCAGACAAUCUGAUUCUGAGGACUCGUCAGAGGAAGAGUUCAACGCGACGGAAUUACGUGCCAGGGGGAAAGACCCCCAGCCAUCCGGUUCUUCCCAGAAGAGAGUUGGGGACGUACAGCUUCUAGAGCGGGUCGUUAAAGGAGACGACAACCUCAUCAAGUUGGCUCUGCAAUACGGGUGCAAAGUUGAAGAUAUCAAGAGGGUUAAUAACUUUAUCCAAGAACAAGACUUCUAUGCUCUGAAAUCCAUCAAGAUUCCAGUCAAGGUUAAUGGACUACUGACGGAGACCAGCAAUGAGCUGCUACCCCUUCAGACUCCUGCUCCACGACCCGAAUACUCCAUAUCCAUAGAUCCAGAAAGCAGGAGUGGUGACCAUGAACAAAUCGAUCAGUAUUUCAGAGGGAUUGACCAAAACAUUGAAAGAGUGACACAGCUGGAAAUCCCUUCAUGCAGAGAUCCCUUCAUUGAACCUUCGAACCAGUCAACUCCGGAGCAGAAAGCCACCUGCUCCGGAGCAGAUUAUGGGAUCCAGUGGUGGAAAGCAGUCUUUCUUAUGCUCCUGAUAGGAAUCGUUUUGCCUGUGUUUUAUAUUGUCUAUUUUAAGACCCAGCAACUAGAUGUGGUUCCCAGUACCUCCAACACGACGGAACCCGUUAAAAUCUCAGUGAACGGUUCUUUGGUGGGAAGAUCAAACUAUGUUGGGCGAGAAAGUACCCCCACUAUCCAUACUACUAAACAAACUUUCAUCCCACCAGGAGGGUGACAUGGCCUGGCCUGCUUUCCCUGCCCCAAAAGAUCUGGAAGUAACAACAGAUUCUGGGUCGUCGUCGUCCCCCUGUCCCCCCAAAGUACAGUAUUGAGCAGUGGAGCCUAUCUUUGUUAUUUGUGGUUACUGAUGAAUUUUGAGUGAAGGCCAGGCAGAGGAACAACAGGGCAAAAUGAGUCAUGGAAGAUAAUUAGCCAAUUGUGAGCCUGCUCCCAACUGUGUAAGAAGGGACGUUUUUUUAAUACCCAAAAUGAGGGCAGAACCCCAACCUACAGCGGCAUCCUACCGAUGCCCAGGUUUUCCACACUAGACCUCAGCUUCCAAAACCCCUUUUUAACUUUCUUCAGUCCCUUUUUACUGUUAAAACACAUUUCUCAACACGGUGUAACUAGGGUGAUUUUUUUCAGUGAAUGCAGUUUGGGUGAUAUCCCUAUUCCUCGUGCAGGGUUUUGUGAGGCCUGGCCCUUUUGAGGAAAUAAGAUGCAUCCAAAUUAUCCAGCAAAAGCCAGAACACUGCAUGUGUUGAGCAAAAAUGAUUAAAAGCCAUGUUUGAGACCUGCAAAUUAGAAUUUGGGGGCGUCGUUUACAUACAUAAUUUAUUUUUGUUUUGCAAGUUGCCAGUAUAGAUCUAUUGUAAACCUUGUGGCCAGGGAAGCUACAGGUCUAUUUUGACAUCAAUCUGCCUCAACUGGAGAGGGCUUUUUUUCCUGUUUUUAAUGCGCAUGUUUUAAUGCUCAUUUAUGUUAUGUCUCUCAUUGACUAGCACCCCACUUAUAGAUGAGUGGAUGUAUACAACUGGCUAGAAAACUUCCUCUUAAGCUUCGUGACUGGAAUACAGGAAGUCCUUACAAACAAUUCAUUUAGUGACUGUUCAAAGUUACAGCAGCACUGAGAAAAGUGACUUAUGACCAUUUCUCAUGCUCGUGACUGUUCAACUAUACCCACAUGAUCAAAAUUCAGAUACUUGGUAAUCCAAUUAUUUGACUAACCCUGAAUAGCUUCAGUAAAGACGCAGCCAGUGGUGGAGAACUUUUGUCUGGGCCCUUGGGCAACUGUUCUAAAAAUGCUUCCCUCCCUUUUCAUUGUGGUGAAUCUAAUAUCAGAAUUGGAUGAAAUACGCAAGAGCAAAAAACCAGCAGUGGAAUAAUUGGACUUCCCUCAUUGCUCUCUAUAAAGUAUUAAUCAUCAAGGGGAAGAUAUUAAACAGUUCUUCUUUCCAAUUAUGUCUACCCAUGGAAAAUAGUACAAAGAUGAUGCCAUGAAAAAUGAUGAACAUUCUACCAAUAAAGGAGAAUAUUUGUUGAAAUGAAGGGUCCUUGGUGCUCUGUUCUUGGUUGUUUUCUUGCAGAGGUUUUAAACAUGAUGAAGUUAGAUAAUGAAAUAUCUGCAAGAUGACAACCAAACGCAAAGAGCACUACGGGCCCCUCAAUUAACAUUCUUUGAAAUGAAUUUCUUUCAGAUGAUAAAACAAGACUUUCUUAGUUAGGUCCAUAGCUGAUUGGCUUACUAAUUUCCAUUUCCUCUUUGAGUAACUGACAAUCCAAUAACGAAACAGGUUACCAAAGUUUAUAAUUCUGUGGUGCAACAGAGUCCUGAUCUAGAACAUUCCUGUUCAUUGAUGUUAACCAAUCUGAGUAAUGCAAGCAAAUAAAGUCCUAUGAUCCCAAAUCAUAUACCAUAUCUUCCAUUAUCAGUUAUCUUGUCAAAUGUAAGACAAAUAAAACAUUUAAUGGACUGGUUGCACCACUGAAGUUCUUUCUUUUAACACAUAUUGGGCCAGGAGAAAAUUUUGAUGGGAGCAACUUGAAUAUGGUGAAACAGAAAGGAGUUUGUCCCUCUUCAUUCUUCCUAUGCAAAACUGCCCCCCUUUUUUCACACCCUGUCCUCCAUUGCUGUCAUUAAAAAAAAAAAUAAAAGUAUUUCCCACUUCUACAAAUCAAAUAAUGUGAUAUUGUAAUAAAAAGACAUAAGCAAACCUGAUUUUUGGUUGAAGUAGUUUAAGAAUCUUUGGAAUAUUUUUAAUUGAGUAUUUAAACUUAUCAUCUUUGAGCUAUGACUAUAUGUUUUUUAAUAAAGUUGAAGUAUUAAGUUUACA